AUGAGCUCCAAGGUUCUUAAACUUCUUGCCCUCGCUGGCCUUCUUGGGGCAUCCGUAGCAUGUUCGACCGAAUCUGAUGUCGAGAUUACCUUUUACGGAUAUCCCGACAACGAUCCUCCCAGUGCGGAUAUUGCGUAUGAUUGUGGUCGUGGUUAUACGGCUGGAGGCACCGGCACGUAUGACGACCCUCUCACCUUUGCCACCGCCCCUGGCGAGUUUAAAAAGUGUGAGAUCGUCUACCUCCCAUACCUUCGCAAGUAUCUCCGCUUCGAGGAUACAUGUGCGCAGUGCAGUAAGUACCCUCACGCUCGUUCCGUUCCUCCGCUGACAGAAACAGCCACCGAUUAUGACAACGGCAAGCUCCACAUCGAUAUUUGGACUGGCUCUACUACUUCCAGUGGUGGGGAUACCCAGAUUCACUGCGAAGACUCUUUGACUCCUGAUGAUUCUCAAACCGUCAUUAUUAACCCGGGCACUUCCUACACCGUCAACUCGGACGAGUUGUUUGCGAGCGGCAAAUGCUAUACCUCGAACGUCUACAGCAAUGCCGAUGCUUCGAGCUACUGCAGUUCCGGUUCUUCGGGCUCCAGCUCUAGCUCUGGCUCCGGGUCCAGCUCAUCAUCCUCUUGCUCCUGGUCAGGCCAUUGCGCUGGUAAGACCCCUUCUUUGGUCUGUGCUUCGUGUUACACUGACCCAUGGUGCUCAGGUGCUUCCUGCUCAACCGAGAACGACUGUUCCGACAACCUGACUUGCCAGAGUGGCAAGUGCGCCUGA